CAGGAGUGGAAUACUUGCAUAUAUUUUCUCCGAAAAUCAUAGUAUAUCAUUCCUAUCAUUAUUUUUAUUGAUUAUCAUAGUGGAGAGUAAAGGUAUGUUGUAUUAAGUCUUGUAUCAUGUGUAUAAUUUUGGUAACAUCAUUGGAAACUUUGGACAUAACUCCUUGUAUCAGUGUUUCCAUUUAAUUGUAUUCUUGCAUGGGAUCCUUUUCAUUCUGUUUUUCUUAUUAUGUAGAUCUUGGGUAUUUUUUUGCUUCAGUAUUGGGGCUAAGUCAAAUUCAGGAUUCAAUGACCCUCAACAUCUCAAAUUCACCAAUAGCAGAUGGAAGUAUCCUUGCAAGAUUUAUGCCUCAGAUUUUAGAGGCAUUCCUUAAGAUUUUAGCUAGCCAGCCUCCGGUCUCUCCACUGAUACAGUGGCAUACAGGGUGGUUCUUGCGAAAGCUAUUCAUAUUUCAAGGAAAGAUGCUUAGUGAUGAUGGUAUCCACAUAUUCAAUUGAUUGACAGACAUCAUACAAGCAAUCCUGUGAAUGUCUACAAAAGGAAUUGGAUGAAUGUUGGUUUGAUCACAUCCUUGAUACCAUAAAACGUGAGUGGGGAAGCUGUAAAACAGCUCUCGAGGAACCAACCCAAGCUAAGGAUCCCUUAUUUGCAUUGGAGCUUGCUGUCUGCCAGCAAACCAUGGAUGGUAGUUCAACUUCUUCUCACUUUGCUUGGCAGAGGAUGGUUGAUGCAGUGAAGGUUUUUCUUCUCCAUCUUCAGCUCAAGGCACUUCUUAUCAUGGGAGAUUUAAUUGAAAGACCCAUUCUGAAGUCAUUGAAUUUCCCUAAAAGUGAUUCUGGAAAAGCUUUUACAGCAGAUAUUUCAUCUGCAAGCUUUGGGUCAGAGGUUCCUUUAGGAUCUGGAAUUCCUUGCAGAAUAGCCUUUUCUAAUGCUGGAAUCAGGGAUAUUUACCUGGUACCAGUGGCAAGGGGUAUAUCUGGCAAGUUGAUACUUGCAGAGAAACAUCCAUUCCGGAGUCAGCGGGGAGUUGUAAUUGCCAUUGCUCCUCUGGCUGGGUUGUGUCCUAAGAUAGACAAGGAUCAUUCGACAUGGUUACAUCUUCGGAUAAGAGAAUUUGACCCUAAAUUCACUGUAGCCAGAGGCCACCCUGCAAAGCCAUCUGGUCCUGCUGUUGAUGGGAGAUGGACUCUUGGUUUUCCUAGUGCAAAGGCUUGCGAGAAUGCUCGGUUGUUGAUUCUUGAAGAAAUUUGUAAGCAAAGGACGUUUGUUGAGAGCUUACUUGAUCCUCUUCUUCAGGAUGACUAUAUGGAAAAUAUGUUGGAUAGCCAAGAUAAGUGAAGCUUGUUUAAGUUCUAGGGUAGCCUAUUAACUAAAAGGUCCUUCUCCUUUUUCCCUUAAUAUGGGAUUUUGUACAAUAAUAUAUACAUGCAUAGGACAAACAAUUUUGCCAAAUGUAGGUUAUUAAUGUAGUUGACUUCUAAUGCAUGUACAAGUGUUCAUCAGAGGGCAUUUUAUGUUUGUUGUAUCGGCAUCAGCCUUUUUCUUAUCUGCCUGUAAAAAUAAAUGUUUAGUUACAAUAUUUACAUUGUUAAUGAACACUGGCAUAUGAAAUGUCUUACAAUUUGACCUUUUUAUCAAGUUAUUGUCUUUUAUCUUGAUAAGUUCCUUUUAUAUGAAAGGAUUUUUUUGACAGCCUUUUAUAUGUAAGGUGGUUAUAUAUAUUGCAUUUGCUCUUUGGUUGUGUAGCUUCUCUUGCCUUUUUACUUGCUUAUACACGCAUUAUGGAAGGAGAAUUGUUUCUCCUGCAUUCUUUAAGAUGUGAAGGUAGAUUUCUUGACAGAUUAGCAUCCUUAAUUUCAAAUAUAGUGUACAUUUAUAAAGUUACUGUAAACUCUUAAUAUAUUUUUUCCUCCUUAAUAGUUUAUUCGGAACUGGAGGUUCAGAAAUUCAGUCAUAAACACAAUGCAAUGAGCUAACUAUAUAAUUUACGAUUUCCUCAGGUACAGAUGUGAAAAACAAAAGAAGAGAUCCACCACUUUAUGCGCUUCAGUGCAGAUGCAGAGGAGAUGGACUAAAGCAUUUACAUUUACCAAGAAGUGACUUCCCAAGCUUGAUGCUGAGAUGUAAGUCCAUUAAUUUACUUUCAUUCCUAUAUAUUAUUAAUUGACUAUAAAAUAAUGCUAACUUU